ACGGUUGGGUGUAGGUUUGUACAGUGUUGAAACGAGGCCAGGAAAUUUUCCUUUUUACUUCGUCUUCGAUACUUUCUAUUUAUGUUUUAAAAUUACAACCUAGAGUGACAUGGGUAUUGAUUACAAGUCAAUGAAGGCAGACAAGUAACAUGCUGUAAACAUCACCAGAGAAGUUUGUUAAAUCACAAAUCACCUUCACAGGUGUAAGGUGAAGUACAGAACACUGCCAGGGUAAAGUGUACGGGUGUGGGCGAGGGGUCAGAGCGAUGGCGGACUGUGACCCCGAGACGCUGCUGGAGUGGCUGCAGAUGGGCAAUGGGGACCUGCGGGACAUGCAGCACACAGCCCUCGAGCAGCUCUGCAUGCUGCUCCUCAUGUCGGACAAUGUGGACCGUGUGUUUGAGAGCUACCCACCCAGAACAUUUCUGCCAGCGUUGUGCAAGAUCAUCCUGGAUGAGAAUGCACCUGACAACGUUUUGGAGGCGACGGCGCGGGCCAUCACAUACUACCUGGACGUGUCUGCCGAGUGCUCGCGUCGCAUUGUAGCAGUGGAUGGCGCGGUGAAGGCCCUCUGUAAGCGCCUGUCCAUCGUGGACAUGGAGUCAAGGACUAGCAAGGACCUGGCGGAGCAGUGCAUCAAGGUCCUGGAGCAUGUGUGCACCCGUGAGUCAGGGGCGGUGUUUGAAGCAGGUGGCCUCAACUGUGUGCUCACCUUCAUAUGUGUGCACGGGAGCCAUGUGCACAAAGACACACUCCACUCAUGCAUGUCGGUCGUGUCCCGGCUCUGCGGUAAAAUGGAGCCCAAGGACGGUGCCCAGCAGGGCUGCGUGAGCUCGCUGUCUGCGCUGCUGGACCAUGACGACCAGUAUGUGAGCGACGGGGCCCUGCGGUGUUUCGCUUCCCUUGCCGACAGGUUUACCCGGCGUGGAGAAGACCCCGCCCCUCUGGCGGCCCAUGGCUUGAUUGCUGUCCUUCUGCAGAGGCUGUGUCAGGCAGGAGAACCAGGUCCCAAUACGUCUCUGUCCAGUACCCCAGGGAAGGUAACAGUGACCCAGGAGGUGAAGACAAGCGCCAGCGUAUCCACGGUGAUAAGCCUGCUGUCCACGUUGUGCAGGGGCUCCCCCGCCAUCACCCGGGACCUGCUGAGGUCUGAACUGCCCAACGCCAUCGAGUGUGGACUGAAGGGUGACGAAAGAUGCUGCCUGGACACCAUGCGCCUGGUCGACCUCCUAUUGGUUCUCAUCUUUGAAGGUCGCAGCGCCCUGCCUAAAGUAGGCGUGCCCGCAGCAGGUAGGCUACCGGGCCUGCGGCGCAUGGACAGUGUGGGGGAGCGCUCACAUCGUCAGCUGAUUGACUGCAUACGAAGCAAGGACACUGACGCUCUCAUUGAUGCUGUAGAUAAUGGGUUUGAGGUGAACUUCAUGGAUGACGUGGGGCAGACUUUGCUAAACUGGGCCUCUGCUUUUGGGACCCAGGAAAUGGUGGAAUUCCUGUGUGAACGCGGUGCGGAUGUCAACCGAGGUCUACGCUCCUCCUCCCUGCACUAUGCUGCGUGCUUCGGGCGACCACAGAUUGUAAAGACAUUGCUGAGGUUUGGGGCGAACCCGGAUCUACGAGACGAGGAUGGGAAAACACCCUUGGAUAAAGCGCGGGAACGGAGUGACGAGGGCCAUAGGGAGGUCAUUCAGAUUCUGCAGUCACCAGGUGAAUGGAUGGUGCCUGUGCCCAGAGAUAGUAUUGCCAUGAUAACAGAAGAAACACAGGAGAAAAAGGAGGAGGCACCCAUGGAGGUUGAUGAUCCCGCAGAGGUCAAAGGUGACCCAGAGGUCGCACCUGAAUAUGUGAGACGACUAUUGCCAGUGUUCACCCACGUCUUUCUCAGCUCAAUGAUCCAGUCUAUACGAAAGUCCAGCCUAUCGUUGCUGAAGAAGAUGGUUCAUUACAUUGAUGGCUCUCUACUGGAGGACCUGUGUAACCAGAGUAGCUCCACCACCACCGCGAGCUUUGCUAGCUCCCUCACAGAGGUCCUAACUAAUGUACUGGACCAUGAGGAUGAUGACGAUGGUCAUUUGACUUCCCUGCAAAUCAUCCAAGAGGUGAUGCGUAAAGGGAAUGAACUCUUCCUCGACAUAUUUGCAAGACUUGGACUGUUUGGCAAGGUGCUCUCCCUUGCUGGACCCCCGGAGGAGGAGGAAAAUGCCACCGGUGGAGACAAGGAUGAGGAAGGCAACAAGGUGCUUGAGGACGCCACAGAGAUCGUGCAGGGCAAGCCGUACCACUGGAAGGACUGGAGCAUGGUCAGGGGACGUGACUGCCUAUACCUCUGGAGCGAUGCCGCAGCACUGGAGCUCUCCAAUGGCAGCAACGGCUGGUUCAGGUUUAUCCUGGACAGCAAGCUGGCCACAAUGUACUCAAGUGGCAGUCCAGAGGGCGGUUCAGACAGUUCAGAGAACCGGGGAGAGUUCCUAGAGAAACUGCAGCGAGCCAAGAGCCAGGUUAAACUGGGCACCCCCAGCCAGCCAAUCAUGACGGGCGUGACGAGUAGUCGUAUCCUGGUCGGUAACUGGGCCAUCUCGUGCAAGAAGGAGGGGGAGCUGCAUAUACAGAACUCCGACGGGCAGCAUCAAGCUACAAUUCUGAAGGAAGAUCUAGCAGGUUUUGUGUUUGAAUCCAACCGAGGCACGAAGCACUCUUUCACUGCCGAGACUUCCCUCGGUCCUGAGUUCUCGGCAGGCUGGGGAGGCAAGAAGAGCAAGAAGUUCCGAUCGAUUGUAGAUGCCCUCAGGUCAAAGGUGAAAUCCCUUGCAAGGGAGAUCUACAAUGAGUAUUUCAAGGCGGCUGAAGCUAUGCCCCGCAGUGUAGUACACAGGAUGAAGAAGUUGUGUCAAAAGAUGGAGACUGCAUGUGCCAAACAGAUCACACAGGUCAAGGGCUGUGAUGGCUCUGUGACCUGGAGUGAGGAGAUGUGCAGUGCCCUAGAUGAGCUGGCAGGCCUGUUGAUGGAUGAACACACUCUGUCUGCCUUCGAGCUCUACUCCAGCGGUCUCGUGCAGACACUCCUUAAUAUGCUAAGCAAUAAUAUUGAAGAGCCAAACACAAAAGGUAGCCAGAAACGAACAAAAGAGAGGAUCAAUAUAUUUCGGCAGGUGUUCAGAGACAGAGACAGUGCCGUCUCCCCGGCAGUAUGCCUGGUGCGCAAGCUGAUAGCAGUGUUUGAGUCCAUUGAGAAGCUGUCAGUGUACAGCUAUGAUCUCAAUGGGUCGGGGGGAUAUGGACUGCAGAUUUUCUCACGUAAGAUCCGGUUCCAGUUGGAACGGGCUCCCGGAGAAACGAGCCUGAUUGACCGGUCCGGGCGCAACCUCAAGAUGGAGCCACUCACCACUGUGGGGGCACUCGAGAAAUACCUGCUGAAAAUGGUUGCCAAGCAGUGGCACGACUAUGACCGCAGCACAUUCAGCUUUGUGAAGCAGCUGAAGGAUGGGCAUCAUGUGACCUUCACCCAUCAGCAAGACUUUGAUCAGAAUGGGCUUAUCUACUGGAUAGGAACUAAUGGGAAGUCCAACCAGGAGUGGAUUAACCCAGCUCAGUACAACCUGGUGGUGGUAACAUCAUCAGACGGUCGCAAUCUGCCGUAUGGAAAACUGGAGGAUAUCCUGAGCAGAGAUAGCUCAGCCUUGAACUGCCAUACUAAUGAUGACAAGAAAGCCUGGUUUGCUAUUGACCUUGGUGUAUGGAUUAUUCCCACGUCUUACACAUUGAGACAUUCAAGAGGGUAUGGAAGGUCAGCCCUACGUAACUGGCAGUUCCAGGUGUCCAAGGAUGGUCAGGCAUGGGUGACCCUGUUUGAUCACAAACAUGACAACGGCCUUAAUGAACCUGGGUCGACUGCAUCCUGGCCCCUAGAGGCCCCUAAAGACGAGAGCCAGGGCUGGAGACACAUACGUAUACAUCAGAUGGGCAAGAACGCUAGCAACCAGACCCACUACCUCUCCCUGUCGGGCUUCGAGAUUUACGGGAAAGUUACGGGCGUCUGUGAUGACCUGGGCAAAGCUGCCAAGGAGGCAGAGGCCAUGUUGCGCAGACAGAGACGCCACAUUCGUAAUCACGUGGUGAAGCAGAUGUCACCAGGGGCCAGAGUGGUGCGAGGCAUGGACUGGAAGUGGAGGGACCAGGACGGCACACCAGCAGGGGAGGGAACUGUGUCCGGAGAACUCCAUAAUGGUUGGAUUGAUGUUACUUGGGAUAUGGGAGGAUCCAACUCAUAUCGUAUGGGCGCAGAGGGAAAGUAUGACCUGCAGUUGGCUCCCUCCCAUGACCCUGAACGUUUGAAGCCCCUGUCCAAGACAGAGGCCGGGGCCACUGGGGCUGGCAAGGUCAAGGCUGGGGCAACACCUGGGGACAAGGCAAAGAUAAGUGUCCUGACGAGCAGGAAAAGUAGCUCCACCCCCAGCCUCAAUGAAGUGAAUGACAACAAGCCAUCUGUGGCUGCCACCGAGCAGGCUGCAUCAGCUGACAACCUCACACAGACUGUCAAAUCUGUAGCAGAAAACCUUGCAGAGAGCAUGAUGAACCUGGCGACCUCUGACUCAGGGGUCACUGUGACCCUACAGACAGUGGAGGAACCAGGGGAGGGGAGCGAGGGAACAGGGGAGCCAGAGCCCACAUGGCAUGACAUUUCGGAGGUUGACAAGGGGGAGGGGCCUAACCAGAGUCACCAGCUGGGGGCGACAGGUGGGGAAAAUGAGCCACCUAGGCUACCAAGGCUUCCCAGGGGGUUACUGAAGGAUGAAGCAGCCACUGCAAAGGCUAAGACGGUGGAGCGCACAAAUCAGGUGAAUGCCAGUAAGACAGAGGCCCCGUCCCGCGCCUCCCCGACCAACCCAAUGUCCGUGAGUGUACCCAACUUGCCUGCCUCUAUGGAGCAAUCUAUGAGCCUGCUGGAGACGUUUGCUGCAGUGGCGCGAAGGAAUGCAGGAAAUAACAUGCUGCGGAGCAACAACGCCAUGCGUCCCUCUGUCUGUAACACUCUCACUGACUGGACAGAUACGCUACUCUCAGCUGCUCAGAGUUUCCCGAACCUGACCCAGUCUCUGACGAACACCUCCAACACCUUGACCACUACUCAGGCUGUAGCCAAUGUGGCAUUCUGUCAGGCGCUGACCCGCAGCCUCACGUCGACAUCCAGUGAGAGUGACAAUGAGCUGUUGGAGACAUGCCGUCAGUCCGUUCUGUUGGGUGACCUGGAGGACGAUGACGAACUCCCCGAGCCUGACGAUGAUGACGACGAGAAUGAGGAUGAGAAUGAGGAUGACUUUGAUGAUGUGCUCGGUGUGGUGGGUAUCACGGAUGAGGAUGUGGAGAUGCCUACAGAGCGCAGGAAGACAUGGGACGAUGAGUACGUGCUUAAGAGGCAGUUCUCUGCACUCAUACCCGCGUUUGAUCCCCGCCCAGGUCGCACCAAUGUCAACCAGAUACAGGACAUUGAGAUACCACCACCUGGUACAGAUGAGUCCAGCAGUAGUAAACAGGACAAGGAGCAGCCAGAACCUCCCAGGAUCGUCCUCUAUAUGCGCCCUCCCAUGUCACUGCCUGGGGUACAUGAUGAGGAUGUGGCUCUAGUGGACGACCAUGCCUGCAUCUUCAGCUACAUACAGCAGCUGCUGGUCAGUGGGUCAGCAGCCAACAGGUCUGAGAGGCUUAAGAGGAUAUGGGAACCCACAUACACCAUAUUGUACCGAGAGCUGAAGGAGGGUGAGACAAAGGCAGACCUGGCCAUGAAGGAGUCAACAGGCACCCUGCAGAUCCUCAGUGAGUGGGACCUGCCUCGCAGUGGGGACACCACAGCCUGCACCGUGGAUCACGUGCUGCAGCUGCUCCAGAGGCUCUAUGCCAUCACCAUGGAUCAGACCGCAGGAAAUAACAGAUUUGACAACAUGGAUCUCUCACUGAACAUCAGUGUGGAGGAGUUUGUGAGCAUGAAGGCUACAAAUAAACUGGUUCAGCAGACUAAGGACCCUCUUGUGUUGGCCAGCAAUGCCCUGCCCAGCUGGUGUGAGAGCAUGACUAAAUGGUGCCCUAUGUUGUUCUCCUUCGACACACGCCAGCUUUACUUCACCUGUACUGCGUUUGGAACAUCCAGGGCCAUAGUUUGGCUGCAGGGUAAGCGUGACCAGCACCUGGAGAGACAGCGAGGUCACACACCACGGAGAGAUGACACUGGGGAGUACCGUGUUGGCAGGCUGAAACAUGAGAGGGUCAAGAUACCAAGGGGAGACAAGCUGCUUGACUGGGCAAUACAGCUGAUGCACUUCCACUGUCGUCGCAAGUCCGUACUAGAGAUAGAGUUCCAGGGAGAGGAGGGCACAGGGCUUGGACCCACUCUGGAGUUCUACGCUCUGGUGGCUGCAGAGCUGCAGAAGUCCUCCAUCGGCAUGUGGAUCUGUGAUGAUGAGUUCCAUGAUGAACUCGAGAGAGAGGUUGAUAUAGGUGAGGGCAUCAAGCCUCCAGGGUUCUACAUCCAGCGGUCAGGUGGCCUGUUCCCAGCACCCUGGCCCCAAGACUGCGCGGACCUAGAGCGCAUAGAGAAGCUCUACCACUUCCUAGGCAGCAUGCUGGCCAAGUGCAUCCAGGACAGCCGCCUCAUAGACCUGCCCCUGUCCACACCCUUCCUCAAGCUGAUGUGCAUGGGGGAGGUUGGGCACAACAUCACACAGCAGUUCAGUCUGUCACUGUCCAAGUCUUCCACCACUGGGAGUAACAUGACCGAGUCCAUCACCAGCGAAGGGAGCGAGAUAUUUCUAGGAGACGACUGCGAGAAAGAGCUCAUCCUUGAUCCUCCCAAGCAGCGUGCACCGGUGGCAGUUCCGUGGUACGAGGGGAUACUUUCAGAGGAAGAUCUUGAUAUUAUUGACCCUCACAGGUCGAGCUUCUUGAAGCAGCUACGGGAGUUGGCAGCUAAGAAGCAGAAGAUCAUGAGCGAUAAGACAAUGUCGGAAGAUAAGAAGAACAUUCAGCUGCAGAAACUUGCAGUGCCCAAUCCCACAAUUCCCUCUGCUGGGGUGUUCUUAGAGGAUCUAGGGCUUACAUUCCAGUUCAAUCCUUCCUCCAAAAAGUAUGGAUUCACUGCCAUCGACUUGAAACCUGAUGGGGAAGAUGAGGAUGUGACCUUGUCCAAUGUGGAGGAGUACACAGACCUGGUGUACGACCUCUAUCUCAACACGGGCAUACGCAGACAGAUGGAGGCUUUCAGAGCUGGUUUCAACUGUGUGUUCCCCAUGGAGAAGCUGCACUCAUUCUCCCCCAUGGAGCUGGCCAGGAUCCUGUGUGGAGAGCAGGCCCCCAACUGGACCAGAGAGGACAUCCUCAACUAUACUGAACCCAAGCUGGGAUACACCAAGGAAAGCAUGGUAUUCAAGCGGCUGGUGAAUGUGCUGGUGGGUCUGACGGCUGAUGAGCGGAAGGCUUUUCUGCAGUUCACCACUGGCUGUACAUCCCUACCCCCAGGGGGCCUCGCAAACCUCCACCCUCGCCUCACCGUGGUCCGCAAGGUGGACGGGGAUGACAAGAGUUUCCCAUCAGUCAACACCUGCGUACACUACCUGAAACUGCCUGAGUACUCGUCAGAGGAGAUACUGAGAGAACGGUUGCUGUCAGCGACAAAAGAGAAAGGAUUCCACUUGAAUUAACGACUGUUUUGUCUUAGGUUAAAGUGAACAUAGGUUCCACAAGAUACUGUCAGUUUGUAAACGCUUAAAAUGGAAGGACUUUUUUGCUAUAAGACAGCAUUUAAUAUUGAUGUGAUAAAAAUAAUGAUUACGAUGAGGUUCUCCACUUCUAUUGAUCACUGUGUUAUCUCAAGUUAAGGUGAACAUAAGAUUAUUAGUUUCUAUAUGCUGGACAUGGAAGGACUUAUUUGCUAAAAGACAGUAUUAAUGAAGAAGUGAUAACAAUAAUGAUUAUUUUGAGGUAUGUCCUAAUACAGUUUUGAGGAGUUCUUUGUCGAGUAGAAUAUGUCUUCUUAGACGAUGGUACAAUGUAGUUAGCAUAUUUUGUGAUGGUGUUUAGUUAAUUAAAAGGAAAGCCUCAAAACAAGAAUUUGUGAUACUGUAUUGUUGUUGUGCUUUUUUUCUAUAAAAGUUGUAUAUUUAAUAAUGUGUGCAUUUAGUUAAAUAAUUAUUGCAAAUGGUGUAUCAUGUUUAAUACUUAAGCGUGAUAUUAAAAUGUUUUAUUUAAAAUGCAUAAAAUAUGUGAUGUUAAUAUUAUCAUGGUUUAAAUAUUAAACCAGUGGUAAUUGUCUAGGUUAGACAAAGAAUACUGAACUAUCACUGGAAACCCAAUAUUUGGACUGUUAAAUGUUUCUUUUUAAAUCACCACUUAGCGUUUUUGUGAGUUUUGUGCAAUAAAUGUAACUUUGUCCAUGUAGAUUGCUGUAGGAACUUUUAUUCAUUUAUAUGUUGAAAUUUUCUUGCAGUUUAAUAAUAAAAUAUCAUUUUUAGUUAAAACUGCUUCUUCUACUUGUGUACAUUACAUUCAGUUUACCAACUGGCUUCAUUAUUUAUAUAUUUGUAAUCACUGGGUUACAACACAUUUUUUCAAUGAGGUAAAAAAGAUGUGAAGUUGUUUAAUUUUGAAAAUACUAACUUUAUUAACAUAUAAUUAAAUGUCUAAACAACUUUUUUUAUUCAACUAUUUUAGUAAACCGUUAAUAAACUUACCAUGGUGAAUCAAAUGUUUUUAUGUUGAAUUUAAAAAAAACCUAAUGUCUUGGAAAUCAUGAAUAUGUACUUAUUUUUAUCCCACUUUUAUCUCACCUGAGCACAAUGCGCUAGUGGUGAGCUUUUGUUAUCGUUUUUUGUCUGUUUGGCAUGGUGUGGUGUCAACAUUUGCUUUGUUAACACUCUAGAGGCCACAUUUAUUGUUCUAUCUUCAUGAAACUUGGUAUGAACAUUUGUUCUAAUGAUAUCUUUGGCUGCACAGACCAGAUCAGUUCCUUUGUAUCUCAGGUGAGUGACUUUGGGCAUUGCAGGCCCUCUUGUUCAGUAAUGUUUACCAGUUUUCAACCAAAGGUUUGAGAAGAAACGCUUAUCUUAUUACACUUUAUUUAGUGUUCUUGUUUUGUCAGUAAUGGUUACGGAAAAUAGCUGAAUGCUUAGUAAAUAAAUGAAUUUUUAUGCAUAAUCAGAGUCAACAAAUGUACCAACAGUGUUCAAAACUAAGUACCUUUUAAUAACUUAGUAACUCAAGUGUUUUUCUUAUCCUAUUAUGGCUCAGUAUAUUAAUUUUAUAUGGUAUAAUAUAUACUUGAUCUUCAUUCAGUAUAUAUACAAGUUAUUGCUCUCAGUUUUAGUGUACUUAAAAGCAUAUGUAUUUAUAUAUUUUAUGUUUAACACAGUUUAGGCAGAAAACACUAAUUGCUUUAAACAUAUUUAACAUGUUUUUUUUCUCUUCAAAUUCCAUCUCUUCAAGUUUGGAAGGCUUCUGCAACAUUGUUUCUGAUUUUUGUACAUUUUUUGUAUGUUUGUAAAUAUAAGCCCAAUGUUUGAUUUAGGAUUUUUCUGCCUUUGUGAAUUUACAUUUGGCAAUGGAUUAAACGGUGGAAAUUGAA